AUGGAGUUUGACGUGUUAGAUAAACUUAGUGAUUUGGAAACCAAAAUUCAUCUUCAAAAAGAGGAUAUAAUCAAGAAAGACGCAUAUAUUCAACAGAUACUCGAUCAGAAUUCUCUGCUUCGACAACAGAUAGAGGCGUAUCUGAAGGAAAUUGCAAUUUUGCGCAAGACUCAGUCGCCAACGGUUGUAUCUACGCUUGAGAAAGAUGUUCAAACAGUCGAUGUUGAAGUCGCUGAAGUUAAACCUGCAGAAAGUGCUUUUGCUGGUUCCGAAGCAUCCAUAGCUGAUAUCCUUAAGCAAACUUCGGAUUCCGUCACGAGUAACAGUGGUUACGUUUUUGACCAACAAACGGGUCUUUAUUUCGACAAAAAUAGUGGUUAUUAUUACGAUCCGGAUAAUCAACUCUUUUUUGAACCAAAAAGUGGGAUUUACUACAGUUAUGACAACGAGACUCAAGAAUACUCUUAUCAUUCUCGUGUUUCCACUGAAUUGAGUGGCAAAUUCAAGGCCCUCUUAGACAGAGCUAGAAACCAGUCAGAGUUUCCCGGACCAUCCAAGAAGUCGGAUGACAAAUAUAGGGAUCGGAGGCGUCGAUAUUCUUCUUCUUCGUCUGUGUCAACAGACCGGCGUCGUCGAAACGGUCGCCGGCGUAGUAGGCGUUCCGGCCACCGACGAAGGCACCGUCGCCGGUCCUCCUCUUCCUCCUACUCCAGGAGUGCCUCGUCAUUCUCAUCACCUCACCGAUCGCGUAGACGAAGCAGAGAUUACAAUAGUUCGUCCUCUGCUGGUCGACGCUCUUCACGUCGCCGCAGCAGCCGCAGAGACAAGGACACUGUAGGGGCGAAGUCGAAUACAGCAUGUAUAGCUGCAACACCCGUAGUGUAUCCGCCUUCGGUGCGUCUGAUGGUCCUCGCCUCCAACGCUAUUGGUCUCACCGUGGGAUCUGUUGGCGUUAUCACCUCCAAGGAAGCCUCUUCUGGUUGGGGCUGUCUGGGUCGCAACUGGCACUAUUGUCCCGUCUUUGAUCUCACUCAAGACACGGACCUUGACGAGAUCCACUGCGAAAUUACGUUUAAUAAAUCAGAUGAGAGCUACUCUGUGCGGGACCGGAAAACUUCAAACGGAACCUAUGUUAACGGAUCGAAACUGGAAAAGAAUGAAAAGAAACAGCUUAAUCACGGGGACGUUUUGCGCAUAGGCGCCAAUCGGUUUCUGGUGCACAUUCACCCAGGCCGCGAGACCUGUGGCCAGUGCGAAGCUGUAGAGGUUAAAGCAGCCAUUGAGUCUGUUGCAAGUGCCGCAGCUUCAUCAGAUGUCCAAAACAAUGACGAACAAUUAUCGGUUGGCGCCGCAGUGUCACAGGAAGCUGUUCGGCGAACAAACGCUGAUGCAGUGAAAAUCAAGUAUGGUCUCAAAAAGAAGGGUCGCAAGCCAGGUCAACACCCAAGGGCGGCGGUGAUCAGCGAGCAGCCACGCUACGAGGAUCGGGCAGCAAAGCGGCGAGCCCUGGAGAAAGCUAUGGCUGCUGGUGGACAGGUCGUUCCCUCCACUUGUGUGCUUGCUACACCUGCUAGUGUCCUCACACCCAUCGACGAGACUAACGUGGGUGCUCGUCUCCUCGCCAAAAUGGGCUGGAGCAAGGGGGAGGGUUUGGGACGAGAGAAAGGCGGUAUCGCUGAACCCAUAUCAGCAAGCAUGCGUCUGGAUCAUCGUGCAGGUCUCGGCUUCGGAAACACUGGUCUUGGCACCAAUGCUAUUUCGAUUGACUCAACCCCAUCAGAACUGCGACAUGCUCGAACCCUCUCCGUCACACGCGAGCGCUACCGCCAAAUUGAAGAAAAGGAGCGUCUCAGUCAAGCGUAA